CUCUCCGCAGACCGCGCUCCGUGAGCUGACAGCUCCGCCGCGCAUGCGCAGGGCGUCUCCACUGGCUCGCUCGGUGCUGAAGUUGGGCGGAUGGACGGAAAACACCGCUGAUGGAGAUUAAACGGCAGCAUGCAAUCUCAACGCGCGAUACCCCCGAUAUCCGCAUAAACACGUGUAACGACACCCGCUUAGAAGACUGACAUCUAGAACAAAAGCGAUGUCUUAUCCUGGAUCAUUUAGCCCUUGACUCAAGGAAAGGGUUUGCCUGCAGAUACCAGGUGUUUGAAACCUACCUCUGGCAUUCUCCAUCAGGCAUGAUAAGAGAAGAUACAAGAGGCCACAUUUUGUUUUCCAGCACACUGCCUGUCUCUACGUUUGACAAUACAGUCAUGAUUUUCUUACCUGGUCUUCGGAUGGAUCGCUGCUAAUUUGCAUGCCGCAGAGUGUGAGUGGAGUUGAAAUGAGGAAAAGGCAGCAGGGACGCAUUGAAGGACCCCCACAGGCACCUGGUCACCCGAGGCCCAACACCUGCUGUCUGUGCUGGUGUGGAUGCUGCAAAUGCCUCUGGAAUGAAGACAGAAGGGAACGCUCAGAGAGGCAAACAUGUACAAAGAUGGAUAGCAUAGAAGCGACAGAGGAACAGCAUCCCACACUGGAUGAGGUGAUUGCCUGGUCACGGAGCUUUGAGAUGAUGAUGCGCUCUCCAGAGGGGAGGGAUGUUUUCCGGGAGUUCUUGCGGUCCGAGUACAGCGAAGAAAACCUGAUGUUCUGGAUGGCCUGUGAGGAACUGAAGAAAGAAACCAACUCAUCUGCUAUCGAUGAAAAAGCCAGGAUCAUUUAUGAAGACUACGUCUCCAUUCUUUCGCCAAAAGAGGUCAGCUUGGAUUCACGGGUGAGGGAAGUCAUCAACCAAAGCCUGGACGAACCCAGCGGUACGAUGUAUGAGGAGGCCCAGCUUCAGAUCUACACCCUCAUGCACAGAGACUCCUUCCCCCGAUUUCUCAACUCAUCUGUUUACAGGGAUCUCCUUAACAGCAAGAGGGCCUGCUUAGACACCUAGGUUUCAGCAAGAACAUUUGUGACAAAAAAGCCCCAAGGUGCCACUCUUGAAAGGUGUGAUGUUUCUUAUUUCAAGAGUGAGUAGUUAAGCAAUUCUGAGCAUCCGCUAGUGACCCUGAAGUUCAGUUCUGUUUAAGUGCCAAUAUGAGCUGCUCAGGCAACCGUGACACAGAGAAAACGUGUAGGAAAACUGACAGAUCCGUACUUCCUACUCUCAACUUCCUUGUCUUUUUUUUCAUCCUCCUGUUUUGUCUCUUUUGACUCCUCAAAUGUCCUUUCUAUUCCUGUUUAGCUCACGUGUUCUCUUUAUCUCUCUAUGUUCUUUCUACCUGAUCCUUUCCAUCUUUUAUGCCUCCCAUAUCUGAGGACAGCUGAAAAGUGUUAUUAAUAUUUUUUAAAGAACAUCAAAAAACAAAUGGAUAAGCGGUAGAUGUUAAACUAGAAAACCUUUGCAUGAAACAAGGUUAUGGAAUUUACUCCAGUUUGACAUUUAAGCCCCGGACUACAAUGUUUUUUUUUUUUAAUGCUGUCAUGGGGAGAGAACAUUGUAAAGCUCUCGUAAGAGAAGGGAAAAUUAGCUGUGCCAAUUGUUUUGUAAAAGAGAAGCUGGGAAGCGUAAUCGCCGUCUUGCCGUCCAAACUCUUUCUUUGCGUGUCGACAGUUCUUUAACUGGGAAACAUAAGGGCUAGCUAGUGUUGUGAUUGGGCAGCUAAAUGAAUCAUGAACAUUUCUUUCUCUCUGCAAAAAUCACAAUGCCUCGACAAUGAGUAAGGGCACAAAAGCUGCUGAUGCUGGUGACGACACAGUUUAUUGUGUAAGCCCCUCCCAGUCCGUAACUAACAGAGAGAAGCACAGGUACUGUAUGUCAUGGGCUGUAAGCUUCGCUGGAUUGACCGAGAAUUGCUUGAAAAUCACUCACCAACGUUCUGGAGGUUCUUAAAAGAGCUUCGAAUUGUCUUACACAUUAAAGAAAUGUAUUUUAUUAAACAAAAGUGUAGUGAACACUAUGCCUUGUUUUUGAGAGUUACACUAGAUCUAUAUCAAAUAACUGUGAUCGCCGAGACCUGCUCGAUGAGGUGGUGCGACCGAGUCGGAUCCAACAGGGAAACGUUUCUCUGCCUUCGAGGAGCGCUCAUUCUCACGCCUCGGAAAAGCGCAGGUCAUUGAAAAACGAAAAACAAGUCAGUCUUUUUUACGAUACUUUUUUUUCCAGCAUGCGUUACUUCUGUUGUGUCAUGUACUGUACACAUUGCAAUACUCCACCCAGAUAGGAUGUGAACCUCUGCAGGAAGCUUAUGAAAGAUGAUUUCCUUUAGAGGUUUAGACGUGAGUCCCUUAAGAAUGACAGCUUUUCAGAUCCGUGUUGCAGGAUUCAAACUUGUUCUAUUUUCUAGACGUUUAUUGUGCUAUUGCAAUCGCAGCAGCCAGUGCAUGAAAACACGAUAUUUAAAAUACUGGUGUGUUAAACCACUUUCUCACCUUUUAGCGGAGUAAUUCAAGAGUGAAUUGCAUUUAAACCAACGUUUUUUGGUCACCAUACCCAACCUCAAAGUGGAAUUUUCCCUGAACUCUUGUGCCAAUGAAUGAUCGUGUUGUGUUGUUGUUGGGCUUUCUUACUGGUGCUCUGAGAGUUAAGUGCCAUUCACUCUGCAGGUUUACCACAUUAAAAUGAAGACCUUUGGCACUUUUCAGAGUGCAUAGUUAUCCUUCUUUGAAGUAUUUGUGUGUUUGAGCAUCAGUCAAUGUGAGGAGGUCCUUCAUUUAUGCUGUUUUAGAAACCGGAUAGGUGUUACCUAGUAGUUUACUUACUGAAGCGGCGAACCAUCAUGGGAAGCUUGGCUUUCCCACGUUUCUUAAACAAAAUUAUUACAUUUUUAUUGUUUGUUUUAAAAGAAAAAAGUUAUGUCAUUAAAGAAAUGAGCAAUAAAUAAAAAUUGUUUUGCUCUUAAAAAAAAAAAAAAGACUCAUAGACAUUUACCAAACUAUCUUUGAGGGGGGGAAUCAGAGGUUGACGAAAUUGACACACACUUACUGAUAAAUGUCAAUGGAAAAUAAUGUGACUGCAUGACUACUUCAGUCUGUACAUGUCAGUGAUCCAGGACGUCCCACAUCAUAGAGGUCAUUGAAACUACUAGACAGGAAACAAAGUGAAUAUAUGAUUAUUUUUAAUGGGUCACUUUAAAGCAGAUAUGGACAAAUAAAGAAGAAAAAGGAAGAUAAUCAUGAUGUGUUCAUUUAAGUGAUGAGAAAUUUGUAUCAUACUGUACCUCUGAAGUGUAUCACUCAAAGGUAUAAGUUCUUAUUAUUGACAAAAAAAAUUGGAGGGAAAUAAAGAAUGGAAAUUGGUGCAGUAUUAUGAUACUGUAUUUUACUGCAGACUGAAUCAUUGAAUAAAAACUAUAAACGUCAUAAAAAACUAUCAGUAUCACAGACAAAAGGUAUUUAUCAAAGUAUCAUUCUGUAAAUGACAAAAAAAUAUUUUCACCCCAUUAUUAAUUAGAUUGCAGAUUAUACAAGAGCGUGCAAUGUCCCAUUUGGUCCCAUUUACAGUAAACCAUCAUUUUGAGAGUAGUUAUCUGUUUUAUUUCAAUGCCUCAACUUCAUUUUUGCUGCUAAUGUUUGAUCCGAUUUCGAGAGUUCAGGAGUUUUUCACUUGAUGGCUGUCACAGUGAUGGCUAACAGCUGUUGAUAAUGAUUUUAUAAGCAUGGUAUGACUAAGAAAAAUAUUCUUUCUUGCCAAAAGGCUCCUUUUCUAAGCAAAAGAAGUGGACCCUGUGCCAUGUGAUUAUAGGAGCGCCGUCCAUCCACAUGGACGAGGUCUCGUUUUAAUUGGAUUUCCACUACCUCUCGUUAUGCUUCUUUAGUUUUUUCCUCAUCUAGUUGUUAAUGUUUAUUUUGAUCUACUUGAAGCCUAAUACUGUAACUGAGAUCUAUACCGAGGGUUUACUAAGAAGAGUAGCAUUUGGUUUGUUUGUUGAAUUCCUUUCAGCAUAAUUCUGAUAUAUACUCACAAAGAAUUCAGGAAACAUACUAUUUAAGGGCUAAUCCCAUAUUGCCUAUGCAAAUAUCUUAAUUGUCAUAUUGGAAUAAUUAGUGACUGAGGAAUGUUUUCCUGAAAUUGGGUGGAACACUGGUUUACAUUUGCCCUUUUCUGAUAUUCCUUAGUCUCUUCGCUCACAUAAUAUGUAAUAUAUAAUAUAUCCUUCUUGAUGAAAAAAGCUACUCGAUUAAGACUGAAAUAAAUCUGUGUUGUAUCUACUGUGGGUUGACAGUUCACUAUUGAUGUAAACUGCAUAUUGAAUGUAAGGUACUGUGCAUGCUAAAGUUUAUUUGUUCAAGUGAUGGAAAACUCUGGGCUUUGGAGCCGCACUAGGCAGGAGGGAAGUAAUUGAAUUAUUUGUGGAUGAAGCAAGUGUCUAUUCUUGUUUUUAAGGGUGCUUCAGUCUUUUUUUGCAAAGGUUGAGGGGCUACUUAGGGCACUUUAAACACGCUUUUCACGAACAAGAAUAUCUACCUCUUGGUUCUCUUCUCUCCAUAUGCUUAAUAUAGAAGAGCGAGCCUUGAAAAACAACGUAGCGUGCACACAUUUCAAUUGUCUUGACUUGGUUUAGAGCCACAGGUGCUUUUUAGGGAGUAAAUUUUAACUCAUUCUUAUGGAUUAAACUUCUUAUACUUUAGUUAUGUUGCUUUUCAUCCUGUUUUAACAAAAGAUUGAUAAUUUAUGCCCAAGCUAAGACACAUUUGCUGUUUAAAGAAAAUUUCUCAUUUAUUUCAGUAACUGUUAGAGCAUAUGCUUGCGUUAUGUGAUAUAUAUAUACGGAUUGCUGUAAUUACAGAAAAAGUGUUAACAGCACUGAGUAGUACUUGAUCGAUAGCAUUACUACUGUGCUACAUGCUUCACAAUUAUUCAUUGUAAGCACAUGAAAUAUGCUCUUUACAUUCAUCAGUGCCAUUGAUUUGAAGGGUCAUGUAUGGUAACCUGAAUUAGGGUAAACUGAAUUUGAAUGACCCUAUGAAUAUAUAUGAAUAUUGCAAGGAGAAAGGCUUCAUACAUCAGCUUUUAUUUCAUUAAAUCUUUUUUCACUAUCACAUGGAACUGGAAAGAGAUCAGGUAACAUUUUUCAUUAAAAAUCUGUUGCCUGACUUUUAAAUCAUAAUUCAUACUUCAUUUAUUGUGGUGUUACUAAAAGUGUUGUCUUUAUAUCAGUUCACAAUUACAUUCCAGUCGUUUUCAAGAUAAAUUAUACUAAAUACUAAAUUAUUUAAUUUCGACAUCUUAUUGCUAAAAUAUUGUGUAUCACAAAUUUAUUAACUUGAUAUAUAUUUUAACAAAACAUAGUUUAGCUGCUCCAAUAACACAAACAAGCUGCCAGUUGCAAUUGUCAAAAUUUCAAUGCGAUUUAAAAAAUGUUAUAAGGGACAUAGAAGCCCUGUGUACAUUUAUGUUGUGAUGAAAAUGAAGAAUUAUCAACUGCUAUAAUUUCAUGGCAUGUUUCAUAUAGACUCUGGAGCCAAACUGACUUCUGUAUCACAGUUUAUCACAGUCACCCCGAAGUGCCUUGAAUGUUUAGGCCAUGAUCUAUGAUUUAUAGCUAUUAUCCCAAGAGAAGAUGUUUGUCUUUUAAAAGCCUGUGCUCUUCUCUAGGACUGAAUGCAUGAUGCACGCUGUAAAAUGUUAAAGGAAGGAAAAUGUUAAAGGCAAGAUCAUUGCAAAUAAGUGUGAACUGAUAGUAUUUCAGCAUUUUUAGCCUUUCAGCUUGUGUCAUUGUCCUCUGCUCAAAACAACAACAUUAUUCUUUUAACCCAUCAUCAUCUUGAUUACAAGUUGUGAUUAUACAAGUGUUUGGUGCUUAUUAUGUGUUAAAUCAUGAAAUAACAAAUCUUUCGUCCCAUUGUCACAAUAUUUUCUUUCUUACGCAAUACAGACUUGACCUGUUUUGUUUCUCCUAAGAUCAGACACAGAUCAGGCCUUCACUGAAGGCGUUCUUUAGAGCUGUGCCAUGAUGCGAGUCCUAAUAAAUCACCUAUUUUAAUAUAAACUCUUUUAAAAUGAGCAUUCAAUCAUAUUUGUCUUGUUUUUAAUACCGGAGGAACAACUAUAAAGCCUUUGUAGAUUAUAACUCAUAAAAGAAAAAAAUGGUAUUUUAUAUUUGGCAUGCAUUUGCUAUUUAAAAUAGCUUAGUCAACACAAUACUGUAAGUAUAUAUAGAAGUACUGCAAUCUGGCGACAGUAACACUGAAUCUCUAGGAGGAGUUUUAGAAAUGGACAUAUAUAUUGGAAAUAUUUGAAGUUUCUUUAUAAGUGAUCAUAUUUAAAUAUGGUAUUCUGUGCUGAACUCUCAAAACUUUGGUAAAAUGACUGAAAUUCGACUUAUAGUAAUGAAAAUAGUUUACUGUAAAUUGAUGCGGUUCAGUUCAGGAAAGCCAGUACUUGUUUAUUAACAAUUGAGCCCAGGCGGAUGGGCAUCAUUCCGAUCACAUGUACUCCUGCAUGAACAAUAUAAAAACAGAGAACAAAUGUAUUUGUAGACAUCAAAUAAAGUGACUUAUAUGACCAA